AUGGAUUCAUCACUACGUUUUCGACGAAAGGCAGUGCCUGCUUCACUGAGCACGCAGAACCAUGAGCGGUUCUAUCCUGCAAAGACUAUCGUACAGCGGCGGCGGAUGUCAGAGGCCACCGAAUUUUAUGACACCGAGUUCGAAGGUAGUGACUCAGACGAGGAAUCUCUCCGGCAGAGUAUGCAAUCGCUGGGUUAUGACAGUAACACGACUCUCUCGAGCCCAGAACCGUCGACACCGGAGGCUGUCCAAAGAAACUUGCCCCCUAUUCAACUGGAGAAGGGUCUGGUUGAAGGUCCUUCCGGUCCACACUUAUUCAGAAACUCGAGGGGAUCUUCGAUCUACGAGCCUGAUACCGCAGCGGGUACCGCUGAAAUAUCUCUUUAUUAUGAGCGAUCACCCCUGCAGUCAGGCUUCUCUCAGUCCAUUGAUACCCCCAGCCACAUUCCUUUCUCUCCCAACACUCCCAACCGAUUCCCCUUAACCUCUCCCAAGACACCCAAGGCCUUGAAGACAGUGCACCCUGAUGUGUCCCAAGUGAGCGAGGAGGAGAUCAGAAAUUGGAAGCCCAGCCAGGUUGCCCAUUGGUUAUACAUUGCGGGAUACACUGAUGCUGUCAUUGAGAAGUUCUUGAUCAAUGAUAUCACCGGGGAAGUCCUGCUGACCUUGCAAGCUGACGACCUCAAGGAGCUCAGCAUUCACUCUUUUGGAAAGCGUCGCGAGAUCAUGAUCUCGAUUGAUUAUUUGAAAGCCACCAUGCAGACAGAACCGGAGCCUGUCCCGGAAGUGCCGUCUCGAUUUGCUUCUGAAGCUUCCCUUUCACACGGAAGAUCUUCUCCAGAGUCAUUAAACUACGAGCAGAACUAUGCGCAAUUCAAUCAACCCCAAAUCAACCAAGAGCAAGUCGACCAUGAGCACAUUAUUGAUGAGCAAGUCGCUGCUGAAUGGUCCGCCCCUGCACGAUUUACUCCUGGGCGGAGCUCCCCCCAGAGACGCUCUUACGCGAUGUCUGUAUCCCCAACUGGUGAAAUUCUAUCCCGUGAGACCUAUGGACAAGAAGGAAACCAGAUCACACCCGCGGAGUCUGUAUCAAUUGUUGGGAUUGAGCAAAAAAUUCCAAAGGCCCACAAAUGCUCCAAGGGAGAAAACUGUUCCAAGUUCAGAAAGCGCCAGAGGUAUCUGCAGCAGCUUGCUGCCGAAAACCCUGAUGCAGUUUUCCAGGAAAUCGACGGGGUCAUCAUCAUGGGAAACCCGGGAAACCCUGAGACUGGACGAAAUCUUCUGCGACCUAAAUCAGAGACAGAGCCCUCAGAGGUGGCAUCUUCAGACGUUCUUGGUCCUCAUUAUGGAUCAUCUUUGUCACAAGAUGCUGUUGAAAGAAUCCCCAAAUUGCCCAAGGACGACAACGUGCGAAGAUUCCUCGAUUAUCAACAUGUGGACAACAUGGCUGCAAAUCUUCGCAGUCUUCCUAAGCUCAUGAUUCCGACCAGCCCCGAUGUGGACGAUUUGACAACUGCUGUUACCACCAACAGAUAUUUCACUCCCACUCACCAGAAUGACUCUCCCACUGCUGUUCAAAAGAUUGGCCCUUUCAGCCGAGCUCACGAUGCGCAGUCAAUCGACACCUACCGUCAAGGAACACCAUUCUCCGAGAUGGAUGUUCCCAUCACAGCCAUUCCAAAUGACCCCAUCCCCCGGGAUAUAUCUCAAUCUGUGCCUCCAAGCAUGCAAUAUGGUACCUUGUUCCCUCCGUACCAACCUGCCCUGAAUUCCGCUCCUCUUACACGGAGCACCUCCAACAACUCUCGUCAUGUGCAGCCGCUUCGUCGAGUCAACGAAGACAAGCCUCUGACUCCAAUUGACAACCCUGCGGAUUUGAUUCGGAGCCCCCGUGUCAACCAGCAUGGCCACAAUGGCUCGCAAUCAUCUGUUUCUUCAAACCCGGACGUCACGCACUCGGGAUACAUGCGCAAGCGCAAGACCUCUGGCAUUCUGCGACAGCAUGAGUGGUCCAAGGCUCACUUCACUCUCAAUGGCACCAAUCUAGCCAUGCACAAGAACCAAAGUGAAGCACAUCGUAUCUCUCGUGCCCUCGAGAAUAUCGAUGUUGACGACUAUGCCGUCGCGUGCUCGUCGCAGGCGACAAGCUCGAAGUUAACAGCAGCAUUCAAGCGCUCCAUUAUGCGUAAUGGAAACAGCGCCGUUGAUAAUCGGGAUGGCACGGCUUUCUCUUUUUCGCUCAUUCCUGCUACCAAGGAGAAUGAGAAGAAAGCACUCUUUGGCAACAAGGGUAUCAAGAACCAUCACUUUGCUGUUGACUCUCGUGAGCAGCGCAUUGACUGGAUGCGUGAGCUUAUGCUUGCCAAGGCUCUAAAGAAGGGCAAGGAUAGUGGCGAUGAUAUCCUUGUCAACGGCAACCCCUGGAUUUGA